UCCAGGGAUUCUGGAAUAGGAGUAUAAUGGGACCUCUGACAUCUGACUGGUGACAAAGAUGCCAUACCUGGGUUGUGAAAAGAUGGGCUUGUUGGAUUUAAGGAUAGGUGUCUGGCACCUCGUCAUUUAUUGCGUCCUUCUUCAUAAUAUGGGACUGGUGGCAGCGCAGACAUGCCAGCUAGUUUCAGGAUCAGAAGAACUAAUAUUUGAUGAAGUUGGAAGUAAACAGAAUAUAUCUUUUGUGAGAAGACAUUCUGAUGCUCUGGCUCCCCUUUAUAACAUGCAGCGGUUGUUUCUGAAUGCCGUCCAGCAAAACCCCUUCCCAAAAGAGUUGCUGCGUGUUCUUUUCACAAAUUCCUCUUUCUUGGAAACUGCUGAAGUAGUAAAAUAUGAAGCUGGAUAUGUGGCCUGUGCCAUCAUUGCAAUUCUUUUUAUCAUCUUCGCUCUGGUAUUUGGGAUCAUUUUCUGUACAUUCCGCUAUCGUGGAAGAAAAAUCCUGCCAUGUGAAGGAGCUCUCUGUGCACCAACCCCAAUCUUCCUGGUCUUACUCUUUACACUCUGCUUCUUGUUUGCUGGGGUGGUCUGCACUUUCUAUAUGAACCAGAAGGCACACGAUGAAAUUGGUUAUGGAGUUCAGGACUUUUCAAAGACCCUGCAAGAUUUCAGAGUCUCUGUGAGCAGCAUCCCACAGGCCAUUACGAAGGUGGUUACUGAAUUUGAAGUUCCUAAAAAAAGAGUUUAUGCUGACUUAGAGAGCUUUCGUCCCGCCAUCAAUAGCACUGUGAAUGCUAAGAUCAAUAAUGAGAUCCGACCGCUUCUAGAACAUGCGCUGCAGACAGGAAAAGACUUGGAAGCUGCUGCACAGAUUUUGCUCAAUGUUAACAAGACUCUGACGGACAUGAAGACAAGACAGAAGAGCCUCGACACUCAGCUUGUUCGCCUCCAAGAGGAUCUACUGAGAGUGUUAUCAGACCGAAACUGUGAGAACUGUGCAGAGCCCUCCAACAUUGUCCGAAAUAUUCAACUCGGGCAAACCCAGAUUCCCUCACUAGGUGAACUUUCAAGCAAACUAAAUAAUUUAAAGAAGAUAAACCUGCCUGGUAUCUUUCAAAAGGUAACUAAUGUUCGAUUCAUGCCUAAUCAUCACCACUAUGGUCACUACAACUUUGGGUGGAUAAUCGGAGUUGUUCUAUGUUGUGUCCUUCUCCUGAUAUCUGCCUGCACAGCACUGGGGCUGAUCUUUGGUCUCUGGGGCCUCUACCUACUGCAAGAUCCGGAGAGCAGUCUGCGGAGACGGAGGGAUGGAGCUGGCUUCCUUGUAAUUCAGAUGUAUUUGACCUUCAUAUUCUCCUGGUUGCUAAUCCUCUUCGUGUUCAUCACCUUCUUGGUUGGAGGAAACAUACAAACGCUUAUGUGCAAGCACUGGGUGAAUGGGGAUAUCUAUAAGUUUCUGGAUGAUCCUCAAAAUCUGCCGAAUAAUAUCAACUUGAAAAAACAAAUUGGGCUCAGAGAAAAUACCAGCUUUACAGAUAUGUAUAACGAGUGCAAGAAAGGCUCUCCAAUUUGGGAUGUUCUUCAAUUUAGCAACCCUAUUGACUUGGACAGCGCUUUCAACCUUACCCAGUAUACAUCAGAUCUUGAGGAAAAGAUUAACAACUUCACUUUGAAUGUAGCUGCACUGAACUUGAUGUCCUUUAUAGCCGUCAGAGUUCUACAAGAGUAUAACAACAGUGAUGUGGAUCAGGUCCCCUUCAAUAGCAUCCUGCAACAGAUUCAUGCAACUCUGGUGACUCUACAAAAUGUUCAGGGGUUUGUUCCAAUGCUGGAAACUCUUUCAUUAAUUCAGAGUAAUGCGACAAUAAGAAGUCAGUUGAAAGAGAAGACGGGAACGCUGAAAAAUAUACUGAAUACUGCUGUUCGAGAUCAAGAGGCUGCUUUGCGGACAUUGAAUGACAGUCUCUCCAUCGUGGCUUCUCUAGCACCUACGCUUAAAGCUGGUAUUCAACGUACAAUAGAAGACAUCAACUUUCUGAAUGGACCUUUGGUGGAGCAAUUCAUCGAGAGGCUGAGAAAUGAAAGCAAGUGUCUUCUCAACCAAGCUUUAGGAUACUUUUCCAAGUACAUAGACUGGGUGAAAACAACAAUUACACAGAACAUUGCCUCCUGCCGCUCGGUGCCCGCAACGCUUGACAAUGCCCGUGUGAUUGUCUGCGAUAACGUGAGCCACCCUUGGAAUGGCUUUUGGUUCUGCCUUGGGUGGUGCACCAUCCUCCUUAUCCCUAACAUCUUCCUAAGCAUCAAGUCGGAACAGCAUAUUGCACCCAAAUCUCGAAGUCCCAAACUUGAAGAGGAGAAUCUCUUCCCAUUAACACAUAACAAAGAUGAGGAAGAUGAAGAUCCUGGUCUCAGAGAAGGAAGAUCGCCAUACGCAGAUGUGAGGAUGACCACUCCCAGCACUGUAUACUGAAUCUCCAAUGGAUUCCCCAUGUGGUGCUUGAAGAUGGA